AUCUUAACUGGCCAGUGUCCUUUUAGCUCGACCACUUUGGUCUUCGAUAACACCACCAUUCAAGUGGAUUGCCCUAAUUGUAGCGCCACUCAUCCUGUCAGUAAGUUACACCAUGUCGAUCAGUUCAAUUGGAAAGGCGAUCAUCAUCUCCAUUCUCUGGUGCAAUCAUUAUUCAAGAAUGAUCAAUCGAUCGCAGACAAGAAAAAAAUGGCCCAUGAAUUAGUUGUUGUCAAUGGAUUAUCCAAUUUUCAUUGUAAAAUAAUAUCACCACUUUUAACUUACUAUGGUAUGCAUAAACAGACGGCUAAAGCGGUGCGCCUGAAAGAUUUAAGCCAAGCUGAACCAUUUCAAUGUUCCCUCUUGGCUGAUCGAGCCUUUCGAAUCCAUUCCGAUAGGAUAGCAAUACUAGGCUAUGGACGUGACCGUAGUGGAUCGAUUGAAUACUUAAAAGAUACGCUCAAAGUUUUAAAUCAUUUAUGUAAUCAAGAAGUGAUCGUCCCUAUUCACGUUGAUGGUGAUGGUCAUUGCCUAGUACACGCUAUCUCUCGCGCUCUAGUUGGCAGUGAAUUAUUUUGGCAUCCUUUACGGGUUAAUCUCAGAUUUCAUUUAAAAUGCAACCAAUCUCGAUAUCGAUCAUUACUACGGGAUUUCAUAAGUGAUGACGAAUGGCAGGAAAUUAUCGCGGAAGCUGAUCCAGACUUUGUACCUAGAAAUGGUGAAAGUUUAGGAUUAAGAAAUGUCCAUAUCUUUGGUCUAGCCAACAUACUCAAACGACCGAUAUUAUUAUUAGAUAAUUUGGAAGGCAUGCAAUCGUCAGUGGACUACUCUGCCAUCUUUUUACCCGUUCUAUCGACCGUAAUCGAAUGUAAAGGCAAAGAUGGGCGAUUGCAUAAACCUCUUGUGCUUGCAUGGAGUAAUCCAGCUCGCAAUCAUUUCAUUCCCUUAGUGGGUAUCGAUGGUAGGCCCCUAGCCAAAAUAUCUCGUCAAAUGUUACCCAAUGUGUGGGCAAUUAAACAGGAUCUGCUGGACGAUUACAUCGAAUUUGAUGACGAUAACUACUGCACUAUCUGUAGUGGGAGAGCUUUGCCAGAGCAAUACAUUUGUAAAUUGGUAGGAUGCAUGGAUGAAUUAUACUUUGAGAAAUAUGAUGUGAUACCGGGAUUAGUUGAAGAGUUUUAUCGACAGCUAUCCAAUACAUGGUUGCAACCUCGUGAAAUUGCUACCAUAACAUCUAAUGCAGUCCGAGAAGGUCGUUUGUUAAGAUGCUUAUCUUGUUAUGCUAUAGUGGAGCAUAAUGCUCGGUUUCCUACGUCAGAUUUGAAAUCCGGCGGACCAAUAUAUGAAUGGAUCCGUCAAAGCCAUGAAGAAUUAAAAUCUGGUCAAGUUUAUAAACUGCAGUUCCGUCGAAGAGCCAGUUUUAGCUAUGAUGUAAUUGGCAAUUGUCUCAAUCUAAUCAAAACUAGACAACCUAGCUACUGUCCAUUAUGCCUUGUUGGCAAAAUGCGCAGCCUUAGUGGACAAGGCAACAUUGCAUAUUGUAACGGUGAUACUACUAAAACGCCAGCUGAUCCUAAUUUUUCUCAAUGUUGUGGAUAUAAGCAUUACUGGGAUGGAAAAGAGUACGAUAAUUUGCCUCAAAUAAUUCCUAUAACUUUCGAAAUUCAUGGAAAAAAGAUAGAAAGUCAAUUCACUUGGUUUGAAAAUGAUUCAGAUCCAAGUAAAAAUUCCAAUGCGUUCCAGGUCGCUAAAGAGCUAAUUAUGAAAAAUUUUCCUGAUUACUGUAGUAAUCAUUACCUUAUUCAACGCCUU